AUGGGCGAAACACUUGUCGUAUAUGUUGUGUUAUAUGCGGAUGACAUCAAUACAAUCGAUGAUAAAGAAAUGGAUUUUCGUCUCGAUUUUUAUCUGAGACACGAGUGGAAUGUUUCGCAACACUUUUGUCGUCCGUAUCUCAAGAAAUUAAAUGAAGGAAACAUUUUCUUAAAUACAACUGAAAAGACGGCCAUUAUAUUGAAAAAUGACUUUAAAUACUUUUGGGUUCCGGACAAUAUAUCGCAAAAUUCACGUCAUAAGAAACAAAUUGAAUAUAAAUGGGACGUCGACUCCACUAUGAAAGACAAGUCGGCGUUGUAUUUAAAUCCCGAUCUAAGACUAUUACAGCACUCCGUUUAUGUGACCACUGGAUCCAGUGAUAGCACAUCUCUUAGAGUGAAAUACUCGGUUGCCCUUGCUACUUUCACAUUUAAGCGACAGUUACUUAAUAAACUCUCUUCUGUUUAUUUUCCGAGUCUUCUGGUGGUUGGCUUGAGUUGGCUCUCAUUCUGGUCUCAUGAUAGCAUUGGACUCAACCCCCGGUCGUGUAAUUCUGUGCGUAAUGUGUUUACUUUCAAUCAGCGCACAGUCCGUUAG